AAGAUGGAAAGAGGUUCACUAUCCUCAAAAUACAUGGACCGAACCAACCCUAUGGAUAAGCACAUGGAGGUGAUGAUCAACCGUUACGGGGUGGCGGCGGCACCAGCUGCACCUCAGAUGUUCGGCAACGCUGGAAGAGAACACAUGGAGAAGUACGGCACGAAACCAGAGCAUUUUGCCAAAAUUGCUUGGAAGAACCACAAGCAUUCCACCAAUAAUCCAUACUCUCAGUUCCGGGAUGAAUAUAGUCUGGAGCAGGUCAUUAACUCCAGGAAGGUCUUUGAGUUCCUCACACUCUUACAGUGUUG